CACAUUAAAAAAUUGGAAAUAACAUACCAAAGGUGAGAAACAAGUUGGAAAAGGAAAAAAGGACAAAGCAGCUCCAAGCUGACCAGUCAAUAAGGUCUUCAAUGCUGUGAACCCGCCAUAAUGGACUUUUCUGAAACGAAAGUCUCCUUCAGCAGUGUGAAAGAAAGUUGAUAGAUAAGAUCCUCAACUGCUGUGAAGUGCGAACCAGCCAUAAUGGACUUCUCAACAACGAAAAUCUACUCCCGAGGGUCAAAGAUCGCUAAAGAUCGCCCUGCCGCCCCAUCACAGCCCCGGAGAACAUAUCGUCAAGGCAAAACAGAACAGUAACAGAAGCUGAACGAAGCACAGAUGGCAGAGAUAGUCCUUACAGCUGUCAUCAACAAAGCAAUUGAAGUAAUCAGCAAUUUGAUAACUGAAGGUAGCUCUGGCUUGCAUUGGCUGGAAGAGGACAUCAGAUGGAUCGAAAGAGAGACAAGGCACGUUUGGUCUUACCUGGAUGAGGCAGAGGCCAGGCAAGAUGAAAAUCAUCUGGUACGGAAUUUGGUUCAGGAUAUUGAAGAUCUUGCUCAUGACAUUGAGGACAUCUUGGACACACUCCUUCCUUGGCUGGCAUCACGCAAGAGUAAAGGGCACCUCGGUUGUCUUACUGCCGCCAGUCACGUCUUUUCCUGUGGUAAUGAUACUGCACAACAUUUUGUCGGAGAGAUCGAAAAGAUUAAGAGAAAGAUUGAAGACAUUGAUCGCCUUAGGACAACAUAUGGCAUUGUAGAUAGAGGUGGAACUCGUAGUGGAGACACUUGGGAUCCGAGAAGAUCAUUUCUAUAUGCUGAUGAAUCAGAGAUUGUUGGUCUGGAACAAGAUUCUGAUAAUCUAGAGACCAGACUUCUGGACACAGAUUUGGAGAAUGGCGUAAUCUCAAUUGUGGGCAUGCCGGGAAUAGGGAAGACAACCCUUGGAAAGGAAAUUUAUCGGCGUGUGCGACAUCACUUUGAUUGUUCAGCUCAAGUCUAUGUGUCCCAAGAGCCAAGUAUUCGAGAGCUUCUGCUUGACAUUGCUAGACAAGUGGGACUGGAGAAGGGGAAGUUCGAGGACCCCAUUGAGGCCAACCUUGGUGAAUAUUUAAGAGGAAAGAGGUUUUUAGUUUUCUUGGAUGACGUUUGGAAUACUAGAACGUGGGAUUGUUUAAAACUCGGCUUCCCUAACAAACCUAUGAGCGGGAGCAGAAUUAUUAUCACCUCAAGAAAUACUGGGGUAGGGAGAUAUAUCGGAGGAGAAAGCUCACUUCACCUGCUGCAACCAUUGACCCCGGAAAAUAGUUGGAAACUUUUUUCUAAAAUGGUUAUGAUCAGUCGAGGUAGAAAUGCUGUGGACUUGCAAGGGUUUGAAUACAUAGGUAAAAAGAUGGUUGAAAAAUGUGGUGGCAUACCAUUAGCCAUUGUGGUAACAGCAGGCAUGUUAAGGGAGCGAGAAAGAACUGUCCAUGCUUGGAAUGGGGUACUUAAGAGCAUGAGCCAAGAUGACCACGGGGAAUUGUCGAAGGUGUUGGCCACGAGUUACAAGGAUUUGCCUAGCACAUUGAAGCCUUGUUUUCUCUACUUUGGACUUUUUCCUGAGGACCAUGAAAUCCCUGCAUUUCAGCUUAUCAACAUGUGGGCUGCUGAGAAAUUCAUCAUUGCAAGUGGAGAACAAGAUGUUGAAGAUGUUGCAGAGGACUACCUAAAUAAUCUGGUGGCGAGGAACUUAAUUCAAGUUGCUAGCAGGAGGUUUGAUGGAAGGAUUAGAAGCUGUCGUAUCCAUGAUCUUCUCCACAACCUCUCCAUUUCAAUCGCGAAGCAGACUAACUUCUUCCGCAGCAUUUCUGGUGGAGACAAACAUUCUAACACUGAUUCUAGUUCUUCAAGGGGACGUAGAAUCACUUAUAAUCCGAGUAAUACUCGUGAGCCUGACCAUUUUGGUGCCAAUUAUGAAAUACUUAAAGUUCGCGCCAUGCUAUGCUUUGACACAAACCAAUAUCUUCAAGAAGAGGACUUCGUAGUUUCUCAUCAACUUGGAGGCCUCACGUUUCUUAGAGUGCUGUCAGUUGAAACAAACUCCUUUCUAUCAUCUGUCCCAGAUGAAAUUGGAAACCUACGCCUCCUGAGUUACAUUGGUUUAAGAGGAUAUUAUCGCGGAAGCUUGCCAUCAAGUAUAAGAAAUCUCAAAAACUUGACCACAUUGGAUCUUCGAGAAUGCAGAGGUAUCUGUCUUCCUACUUGCAUUUGGAACAUGAAGAAGUUGAAGUUCUUUCUUCUACAUGAAUCUGCUACUUUUACCACCUCUAGACGUUUAAAGAAUGAAGUUUCAUUAUCCUCUCUGAGAAUACUGGAUGUGGUGAAUUGUCGCCAUUUGGAACCUCAUUGGCUACACAAGUUUACCAGUCUAAGAAAACUUGGAAUUAGGUAUCCCUCAACGAAAAUAAGUGAGAUUUUAUCAGGUGCAGGGCCAAUAUUGACUAAGCUCGAGAACCUGCGUUUGACAGGGUCUUAUCCUCCCACGGGAAAAUUAAACCUGUAUCGCUAUGAGAGUCUUAUUAAGCUGCAUUUGGGGAUAGUGAUAGAGAAGCUGCCUGAUGUCAAAGAAUUCCCUCGGAAUCUUACCAAGCUUUCCCUUAGAUUCACUGAAUUGGAGGAGGAUCCUUUCUACACAUUAAAGAAACUGCCCAGAUUAGAGAUCCUUAAACUGGGCCAUCGUUCCUACGUUUCAAAGGAAUUGGUUUGCUCCGGAGCUGACAGUUUUCCUCAACUUCGGGUGCUAAAACUGCGACAGUUAUAUGAUCUGGAAAAUCUGCUUGCAGAGGAUGGGGCAAUGCCGGAACUCAAAACAAUAACCAUCCGCGAUUGCUGGAAAUUAAAAGUAUCCAAGAGGUUCCUCAGCAGAACAAUUAUAGAACGCUAGACCAAAUCGUUAAGUCAGUUGUAUUUCCUUUCCGGUGUAUUUAUGUCUCUAUACUUUUGC